CCUUCGUAAUUAGAGGUCUAGUAAUGGCGUCGACUGACGGCCGCAUUGCGGAUUCCUUUGUGCAGGUGCUCUACGACGUUCUCGCGCGUCUUAUGCUUGCGUUGCUCGACUGCAACUUACUGCCUGAUGCGGUCGUACGCUGCAUCACUCGGCUCUUGCUUGCUAGUCGCCUCCGGUCCGCAUACAGACCCUUGGCCGAUAUCCGUCUCUCCAACCUCCUCCACUUUGUGCAUUCUUUGAGAGAAAUGGCGAUAGCAAUCGACACAGAAAAGCCAAAGUCUCAGCACUAUGAAGUUCCCACAGCUUUCUUCAAGCUUGUCCUUGGAAAGCAUUUGAAAUAUAGUUGUUGCUUCUUUCCAGACAAGUGCAGCACCUUAGAAGAUGCCGAGAAAGCAAUGCUAGAGUUGUACUGUAAGAGAUCACAGAUGAAAGAUGGUCAUUAUGUUCUUGACAUUGGUUGCGGAUGGGGAGCUUUUUCUCUAUACUUAGCGGAGAAGUAUCCCAAUUCCCAAAUUAUGGGGAUUUGCAAUUCAACAACUCAAAAAGCACAUAUUGAGGAGCAGUGCCGAGAUCUUGAGCUGAAGAAUGUGGAGAUAAUAGUUGCGGAUAUUAGCAAAUUCGAUAUGGAGGCUUCCUUCGAUAGGAUAUUCUCCAUUGGAAUGUUUGAGCAUAUGAAAAACUAUCAUAGUCUUCUCAAGAAGAUAUCGAGGUGGAUGAAACCAGACGGUCUUCUAUUUGUCGAAUAUUUUUGCCAUAAAACAUUUGCUUACCACUUUGAGGUUGAUAGUGAGGAGGACUGGAUGGGUAGGCACUUCUUUACAGGAGGUACAAUGCCCUCCUCAAACCUGCUGCUUUAUUUUCAGGAAGAUGUGUCUAUAAUUAAUCAUUGGCUUGUGAACGGCAAGCAUUAUGCACAGACAAGCCAGGAAUGGCUUAGGAGAAUGGACCAGAACAUGAGUGCUAUAAAGCCAAUAAUGAAAUCCACAUACGGCAAAGAUUCAAUGGUGAAAUGGAUGGUCUAUUGGAGAGUAUUUUUCAUUGCAACUGCAGAACUAUUUGGGUACAACAAUGGAGAAGAGUGGAUGGUCUCACAGUUCCUUUUCAAAAAGAAAUAACAAAAACCUAAUAUGUCUACAUAUAUAUAUAUAUUCAAGAAUUUGCAGUAAGUAUAGGGAGGACUUUACCCUUUUGGUUGAUCAAACUUUGACAUUUUAUUGUUGCUCAUAAUAAUGUCGUCCUCUUGGU